AUGCUUACUUUUCUUCCCACUCUCCCCCCCGAGCUCACCGACGAAAUCUUCGCUUAUUGCUCACCGCCCGUACUCGCGCAGCUCUGCUGUGUUUCCAGGACGUUCCAUGCCAUCGCGAAGGAGUGCCUAUACCAGGCGGUUGAGCUGACCAGCCUGGCUGCCGUUUUGGGAUGGAGCCGGCAGGCGACCGAUGAUCUCCUGCUAGCAGCGAGUCUACAGAGCUUCGUUCUUGACGUUGACACUGUGUGUUUUCGCCUUGAUGAAGCGGAGCAAAAGUCGGAGCCUCAGGAUCGGUGGCGGCCCGGGGAACGCUUGGCGGAGCAUCUCAAGGGAGCCUUGAUUCCCGCUUUGAAAAAUUGUCUCAACCUCAAACAAUUACGAGUCCUCAACCGCAAUUAUAGCCUGGCGAUUGAGGCGCCGCUGGCCCGCGCUGCAGAUUGUACACUUCACAGCUUACACAUUUACUCUCCACGAGAAUUCGACAGCCACUUUUGGGAACGACAAACAAGGCUCACUGCGCUGGUAAUCGAAGCCAAUCAAUACCAUCCGCGAGACGUGUCAGCGUCCGUCGACUCCAUCAUCCCACAUCUACCAUUGGUGGCACGCAUGCAACUGGUCACGUUGUUGGCCCCCAUCCACCUCAUACUUCCUCAAGAAAACACAUCUUGGCAGCUUCGACACGCUUUCGUGCGGACCUCGUUGCUCACAGACCCUCGCAUUGCCCAACUGCUUGGCUAUGGCGCUACAUUACGCGCACUAUUUAUUGAGGUCGGAGAGUCUGACACCGCCGAUGGACGAGAGAGGCACGACAACAUUAUACAUGAUUUCCUGCUCUCGCUAGAGGAGAGCGCCCCACAGCUGGAGAAGCUCUUCCUCGAGGAAGUGAGGGGCAUCAGGAAUCUACGUCGAAUAGAGGGCCAGAUUGUUCUCCGCCUUGCUGCACUUACACAUCUCAGGUCGCUCUCUUUGGCCUUUUGUGUCGGAAUGGGCGCAAAUCUGACACUGUCCGAUGUUUUCAUCCCAGCGCAGGGAAUGUCGAAGGACAUUAUCAUAGGCGGAGAUGCACACCCGCAGGACGCUUUGCAAGACUUCGGGUCGGCCGUCAUGCACGCAUCCUCCUCCAACCUCUGCGCGCUCGAGCUAAGCUGCCUCGUCACGUUUUUCAGACGACAACCGACGAGCCGACGUGCGAUGCGGUCGCAGCAGAGUGCAUCCUACGUGUUCAUACGGGAGAAGCACACUGAUAUAAUCAAGUGCGAGGAGCGGAAACCCGGGAUGAGGUCGAAUACCGCAGAGGACUUUUUUGCAUGCAGCGGAUGGCCAAUUACAUAUGUAAACGAUAGAGAAGAAGAGCGGUGA